AUCAGGGUUGAAUGUUAAAAAGGGAGCGUAUUUAGCGACACUCCUGGCCCCGAAGAAAGGAACUGAGGCGACACGAACCCCCUGUCCAACACCCAGAAGACGAGAGACCAGUGCCAGGGCCGCCAGCAGCUGUUAGGCGCUUUUUGGUGACGCGGCCGCCGCGCGCAGACGCUGUGACGGGCCACGGAAUUCCACGUCGCAGGUUCCGCAAAGGCCUGUGGGAGCGACCGGUAGGAGGGCCAGGAUGGCAGAAGCGGUGGAGUCUCCAGGAGACCCGGGGACAACAACGCCCAGGCCCCUGUUUGCAGGCCUUUCUGAUAUAUCUAUCCCACAAGACAUCCCUGUGGAAGGAGAAAUCACCAUUCCUGUGAGAUCGCGCGUUCGGGAAUUUGACAGCUCCACAUUAAAUGAGUCUGUUCAGAAUACCAUUAUGCGUGAUCUAAAAGCUGUUGGGAAAAAAUUCAUGCAUGUUUUGUACCCAAGGAAAAGUAAUACUCUUUUGAGAGAUUGGGAUUUAUGGGGCCCUUUGAUCCUUUGUGUGACGCUUGCAUUAAUGCUUCAAAGAGGCUCUGUAGAUAGCGAAAAAGAUGGAGGGCCCCAGUUUGCAGAAGUGUUUGUCAUUGUCUGGUUUGGUGCAGUUACCAUCACCCUCAACUCAAAACUUCUUGGAGGAAACAUAUCUUUUUUUCAGAGCCUUUGUGUGCUGGGAUACUGUAUACUUCCCCUGACAAUGGCAAUGCUGGUUUGCCGGCUGGUACUUUUGGCUGAGCCAGGACCAAUAAACUUCAUGGUCCGGCUUUUUGUGGUGAUCAUCAUGUUUGCCUGGUCUAUAGUAGCUUCUACAGCUUUUCUUGCUGAUAGCCAGCCUCCAAACCGCAAAGCCCUUGCCGUUUAUCCUGUGUUCUUGUUUUAUUUUGUCAUCAGUUGGAUGAUUCUCACCUUCACUCCUCAGUAAAUGGAAAUUAAAAACCAGGGAAUUCAAAACUCAUCUCAAAGAUGCAGUUCACCACGAAGCUUUGCCUCUGGCCCUCUUUUGUCUAUUUUGGAGUUACUUGGUAACUGGGUGUGUGAGGUGAUUUAAAGGGAGCCAUAAAGCACUGUCACAGUUUAUGUAAGGAACUGUUUGAAAAGCUGUCCUUUCCCUCUUAAUGUUACUUCUUUAAAAUAUGUGUGCAUAGUACACACAAUAUAAUGCCUCCUAAGGCAUGAUGGGAUCACUGUGGUUCAUUUGGGUGACAGCCAAUGACUUGGAAAGCAACAUGGAUUCAUUCUGCAAGUUGAAUAGAGUUGGUAACUAUAUUUUCAGUUUUGAGAAUACCAGUUCAGGUGCAGCUCUUAAACAUAUUGCCUUAUGACUAUUAGAAUAUUCCUCUCUUUUCAUAAAUAAGAAGGGAUAGCCUGUCUAUUUUAUUUCUCUUAAGCAUAAAAAGACAAUGACAGAGGUUGGGAAGGGGGUUCAUAGAUGUGGGAGGAGAAAACAUGCACUAACCAAAAUUCAGAUUUUGAUUAGAGACAAUUCUGCACUUGUUGCUUAAAAAAAAUCAAAGGACAUCUAAAGCAUAAGUUUUUUUAGUCUUUCUGUAUAGUCACCUCUCUGCCAUGUUAAAUAGCAGCUCAGUGACACUUUAAUUUUCUCAGUGACACUUUAAUUUUAAUCUUACUCCCAAGUUCUGCAUUUGCAAGCUAAGAUAUUAGCAGUGAACAUGUAAUUUUUCUUCGACUGAAGCUCUUAGUGGACCAAUGCUUGAACUUACCCAAGUAGAAGACCUCAGAAAUUUAGAUUGGUAGGUCCCUGAUGCAUAUUAUCAUGUGGGCACCUUCUAUUCAGGGUAGAAUGAGGCAGUUUGGAUACAACAUAACUCUAAGGAAUUUCUUGCUGUUCUGUGUGGUCUGGCCUCUAACUAGAAAGUAAAGCUAAAUCAGAAGGCUGCAUUCAACCAUGUGAACAUGGAGGGAUUUAGUGUUCUGAUGGCUGAUUGACAGAACAGCUACAUGCUUAAAGCAUUACAUAGGAUGAGUUGAGUUUACAGCUGCCACCUUUUCUACUAAUGGGCUUAGCAGUUUUUUGAUUAGGUGCGUUUUUCAGGUUGGGAAAUAAUGGUUUAUUUUCUUGGUUUUAAACUUCUAUUUGUAAAGCUAGUUAGAUUUCUUUUAGACAGCUACUUUUUUGCACAUGUGCACCUACUUGUAUUCUCAGCUGUUUAUGCACACAAGUCUGAAGGGAGCAGAGUGUCUGAGACAGGCUGAUUCUGAGCUAAUUGGGGCUCCUUUAAGUUAAUAUGAGCUGCUGACUUCUGUAAAUUGCACAGUGAAGAACUCUUAAUAGACAAAAAUUAGGAGUCAGGCAGAAAACAUUGUAAAUAUACAGUUACUUACAAAUAUAGCAAUUUCUUAUUCCACAUUUUUUCUUUAUCAUGAAAUUUAAAUAUUUAUUCAUUUGCAUUUGAAGAUGACCUACACAUUGAUAUGUAAUUUUAAAAGCAUAUUUUCCUCAUCCCUGGAUUAACCAAGACCAAGUGAACAGUACUAGGACAAAUGAGUCCUUGGAAUGAUAUUCAAUUAUAGAGCAUUGCAAAGUGGGUCUCUCUGUCCCGGUCUUGUCCAGAUAUUUUGGUUAUGUAUUUGUUUCAAUUUCCCUUUACAAUUUCAAAAUAAAUCCUGUUAGGACAAAGCCAAUAUUUCAUUCUUGAACUGGUAAAUAUUUAUAUUUUGAAAUAUUUUGAAACUGGUUCUAAGUUUGAAAUUGGUCCUAACUUGUCAUCUGUUUCCACUGUCUGAAAUUUUCUAACUUCUCACGAAACACACUCUCUUCCAAAGUUGUUUUGUAAUCUGUCCCAAUGAUUAUAAUGUAAAAUGAAAGAAAUAAUCAUGCUUCUUAAAAGGGAAUUAAAUCUUUACUGAAUUUUACUCAGGCUAAAUAUUUGAUCAGAAAUUCCUAAGGCCACAACUUUGGUGGGGGUCUGUGUGUGGUUGGGGGUAGAGGGAGGGUAUUACACAUAUUGGGUGUUAAGGUAACUUGUUCUGUUUUAAUCUGUUGGUUUUGGGUGACUUAGGGAAUAGUUUUAUUUGAAAUUAUCUUUCUGAAAAUGAGUGGUCAGUUUGAGGGCAUAAAUAAAUAUUAAUAUAUGCAAAAAAGUGCAUUGCUUUCUGGCACAGAAGAUCUGAAUAUCUGGAAGUCGUAACCCUCAAAACAACUUUCCCUGAUUUGCUGCAGAGGCACAUGGCUAAUUAUAGAAAGCAAGACCAGAAGGGAAAAGGACUCGAACAAAGGAAACUCUGUUCCAAGAAUUGGAAGGUUUCAUGUUUUAGAUGAAAUUCAAGCGUGUGAGCAUCAUUGCCUAAUGUGGUGCAUUACUGCCAUUGUGGUUUAUCACUUGCUGCUCCUACUUCUGAGAUUGACUGUUGUCAUAUUCUUCUAGCAAUAGGAAAGUUGAAGAUUGGAUUUAAUUGCUGUUCAGAUUAUAAAAAACUCAAUUGAUGCAAAUAUCUUUAUGCAGUAGUGUUAAAAUUCAGUCACUAAUUGUCAGAUCUUUUGCCUUUUGCCUCUUAAGUGACUUAUUGCGUGAGUUGAGUUGUAUCUUCUUGUUGUGUUGGGGAUUUUCUUUUGUGCAAAGUGAGGGGGACCACAGGGCAUGGUAAACAUUAUACUGUUUAGUUGUUUUUUUAUAAAGUGUCCCCAAAAAGUGAUUAGAAGGCUAGUAAGCAUAUAUUUGAAAGUUUAACUGUGUACACUACAUAAUCUAAGCACUUAACUGUAUUUGGACUUCUUGUUUAUUCCUGGAGAUGAAAAUGAAAAUCUCCCAUCAUUUCAGAUUCUUGGGUAGCUUCAGGUCAUUGAAAUUUACCUAAAACCUAUCCUGAUAUGAUCAGACAUCCAUUGCAUGCAGUUGUUUCAUUCCAGAUUAGAAUACUGAAAUUGUGAUUCUUAAACUGUUCAUUUCUCAGACAAUUUGGAUAGAAUAAAUGUGUGAAUGUUAAUCCAUAUAUCAUAUAUGUAAAAUAGAAAUACUUUUCUGGAUUCUGUGGGCUUUUAUUAAAAAUAAUUUCUAGGGAUUUACUUAGGCCAUAGGAUGGCUAAAUAAUAAUGUAACAAUAAUAUUACUACUAAUAAUAGCUAACAUUUAUUGGGCACUUACUGUGUACCAAACACUUCUAUUUUUUUAAGAAUUUUUAUAACAUCUUUAUUGGGAUACACUUACCACAAAAUUCACCCUUUUAAAGUAAUGUACAGUUCAGUGAUUUUUCAGUAUAUUUACAUAAUAGUGCGCCUAUCACCAUUAUCUCAUUUUAGAACAUUCUAUUAUUCCACAAAGAAACCCCAUAUCCAUUAGCAGUCACUCCUUGUUUCCCUUUUCCCCACCCCCUGGCAGCUAUCAGUCUUCUUUCUGUGUCUGUUGAUUUGGCCAGUGUGUCUCCUCCAGUCUUCAACAUAAAGUGGUACAAUCCUCAUUUUGUUGUUGUUGUUCAGUCACCAAAUAGUAUUCGACUCUUCAUGACCCCAUGGACUGCAGCAUGCCAGGCUUCCCUGUCCCUCACUGUCUCCCGGAGUUUGCCCAAGUUCAUGUCCAUUGAAUUGGUGAUACCAUCCAGCCAUCUCAUCCUCAGUCGCCCUCUUCUUCUGCCUUCAAUCUUUCCCAGCAUCAGGGUCUUUUCCAAAAUCCUCAUUUUACUGGUAGAAAAUUGAGGCACAGAAAGAUUAAUUAAAUCAUCCAAGGUCACACAGUAAAUUGAUUUAAAAUAGGAAAACACAUUAUCUGAGAUCAUAGUAGGACAAUAGUUUUGAACUGCAUUGUUAUGCAUAUGAAAUAAACCCUCCCCAGGGUAUGUUCCCCAUUAUUAGCCAUUACAACCUACAGCUAUAGGUGGUCAAUAACCUGUUCUUUUUUUUCUGAGUACUAGAGCAGUACAUUUAGCAGCAUCUGAGGAAAACACAAGAGCAGUUGUACAUUGGGAAGUUAGGUUUGCUGCCCUCACUCCUUGAGCCCCUCCCCUCCUCACACCACCAGACACACAUAUCCCUCCCCCUUAAGGGAUCUUAAGAAUCUUAAGAAUCAGGUCUUAAUAAUCAAGCAGCUUCUGCCUCUUUGUUUUAUUUUUUCUAGAGGGAUAGUUAACACAUCAAAAUUUAACUUGUCUAUUCAGGUGUUUAUAGUCAAGAGAUGCCGCUGGUCACAUAUAGUACCAGCUAUAUUCCUAAGACCUCAGAGAGCAGUAGUAUGAGAAUAGAAUGCAUUUCUACUUGGGUAAACUAGGUGGGAGGGAGAAAUAACACAGUAAAUAAAGGUUUUGCCUUAAUGAAUUUAGUGUUCCAGCCUCUUAGGAAGUGGCCACAUGCUGCUCUUGUUCACUCUGUUCUCUUUCAGAGCAUUUGUACUCUGCAUCAUCACUGCUGGUAUUUCUUGGUCUUCUUCAAUAUGCUGUUUUAAUCCUCAUCUUUCCUAUAAAGAACCUGUGAAAAGAAUAAAUCUGUAAAAUGAUUUGUGAAUAUUAAAUGUACAAAUAAAAAACACUGGAAAUGGAGAA